AUGAUUUUUAAAUCUUUUCUACUAGGUAAUCUAGUAUCCUUAUGCAUGAAGAUAAUCAAUUCGGUCGUUGUGGUCGGACUCUAUUAUGGAUUUCUGACCACAUUCUCCAUAGGGCCCUCUUAUCUCUUCCUUCUCCGAGCUCAGGUUAUGGAAGAAGGAGAAGAAGGAACCGAGAAGAAGGUAUCAGCAACAACUGGUUUUAUUACGGGACAGCUCAUGAUGUUCAUAUCGAUCUAUUAUGCGCCAAUGCAUCUAGCAUUGGGUAGACCUCAUACAAUAACUGUCCUAGCUCUACCCUAUCUUUUGUUUCAUUUCUUCUGGAACAAUCACAAACACUUUUUUGAUUAUGGAUCUACUACCAGAAAUUCAAUGCGUAAUCUCAGCAUUCAAUGUGGAUUCCUGAAUAAUCUCAUUUUUCAAUUAUUCAACCAUUUCAUUUUACCAAGUUCAAUGUUAGCCAGAUUAGUCAACAUUUAUAUGUUUCGAUGCAACAACAAGAUGUUAUUUGUAACAAGUAGUUUUGUUGGUUGGUUAAUUGGUCACAUUUUAUUCAUGAAAUGGCUUGGAUUGGUAUUAGUCUGGAUACGGCAAAAUCAUUCUAUUAGAUCAAAUGUACUUAUUCGAUCUAAUAAGUACCUUGUGUCAGAAUUGAGAAAUUCUAUGGAUCGGAUCUUUAGUAUUCUCUUAUUUAUUACCUGUGUCUACUAUUUAGGCAGAAUACCGUCACCCAUUCUUACUAAGAAACUGAAAGAAACCUCAAAAACGGAAGAAAGAGAUGUAGAAAUAGAAACAACUUACGAAACGAAGGGGACUAAACAGGAACAAGAGGGAUCCACCGAAGAAGAUCCUUCUCCUUCCCUUUUUUCGGAAGAAAAGGAGGAUCCGGACAAAAUCGAUGAAACAGAAGAGAUCCGAGUGAAUGGAAAGGAAAAAACAAAGGAUGAAUUCCACUUUCACUUUAAAGAGACAUGCUAUAAAAAUAGCCCAAUUUAUGAAGCUUCUUAUCUGGAUGGGAAUCAAGAAAAUUCGAAGUUAAAAAUAAUUGAAGAUAAAAAUAUAGAACUCUUCUGGUUUGAAAAACCCUUUGUAACUCUUCUUUUCAAUUAUAAUCGAUGGAAUCGACCGUUGCGAUACAUAAAAAACAAUCGAUCUGAAAAUGCUGUAAGAAAGGAAAUGUCACAAUAUUUUUUUUAUACACGGCAAAGUUAUGGAAAAAAAAGAAUAUCUUUUACGUUUCCACCCAGUUUAUCAGCUUUUUGUAAAAUGAUACAAAGAAAGAUGUCCUUGUCCAUAAUAGAAAAACUCUCCUCUGAUGAACUGUACAACCAUUGGGUUUCGACCAACAAACAAAAAAGUAACAAUCUAAACAAAAAGUUGAUAAAUAGAAUUGAGGUUCUAUCCAAAGAAUUUCUUUCUCUGGAUUUACUUGAAAAAAGGAUUCGAUUGUGUAAUGAUGAGCCUAAAAAAGAAUACUUGCCCAAAAUAUAUGAUCCUUUCUUGAAUGGACCACAUCGUGGAACAAUACAAAAUUUGUUUUCACCUUUAAUCAUAAAUGAAACUUCAAUAGAAAAUUUCAUAGAAAAAAAUAAGAUUCAUACUAUCUUUCUUACUGAUACGGAUUCUCGAGAAUUUAAAGAUAAAACAGAUAUAUUUGAUAACAACCCAUUAUCAACAAAAAUGAGUUAUUUCUUGACUUUAAUCAGUGAACUUAAAUCAAAUUUGAAUUUGAAAGGAUCUUCUUUAUUUUCAGAACAAGGAAGAAUGGAUUCCGAAAAUAAAACAAAAUUUUUAUUCAAUGCAAUUAGAAGUGAUCUUAAUGAUCAAAAAAAAAAAAAAAAAUCUAUUGGAAUAAAAGAAAUCAGUAAAAAAGUCCCUCGAUGGUCAUACAAAUUAAUCAACGAAUUAGAACAACAGGAAGGAGAAAGUGAAGAAGAAGUACCAAUAGAUUAUCAGAUUCGUUCAAGAAAAGCCAAACGUGUAGUGAUUUUUACUGAUAACCGGGGAAAUACCGAUCCUAAUAAUAAGGAUACUAAUAAUUCUAAUAAAAGAGACGAAGUAGCUUUGAUACGAUAUUCGCAACAAUCUGAUUUUCGUCGAGACAUAAUCAAAGGUUCAAUGCGAGCCCAAAGAUGUAAAACAGUUAUUUGGGAACUUUUUCAAGCAAAUGCACAUUCUCCGCUUUUUUUGGACAGAAUAGACAAAUCACACCCUUUUUUUUUUGAUAUCUCCGAACUGAUAAAACUCAUUUUUAGAAAUUGUAUAGGAAAGGGAGCAGAAUUCAAAAUUUCAGAUUAUACAGAAGAAGAAAUAAAAGAAAGGGAAAAAAAGGAAAAGGACAAAAAAGAAGAGAACAAAAGAAAAGAGAAAGCGCGGAUAGAAGUAGCAGAAGCCUGGGAUACCAUUCCAUUUGCUCAAGUAAUAAGAGGUUCCAUGUUAAUAACUCAAUCGAUUCUUAGAAAAUAUAUUAUAUUACCGUCAUUGAUAAUAGCUAAAAAUAUUGGCCGUAUGCUAUUAUUACAAUUUCCUGAGUGGUCUGAGGAUUUAAAUGAAUGGAAUAAAGAAAUGCAUGUUAAAUGCACCUAUAAUGGUGUUCAAUUAUCAGAAACAGAAUUUCCGAAAAAUUGGUUAAUAGACGGUAUUCAAAUAAAGAUGCUAUUUCCUUUCUGUCUGAAACCCUGGCACAGAUCUAAGCCACGGUCCUCUCAUAUAGAUCGAAUCAAAAAGAAAGGACAAAAAGAUGAUUUUUUUUUUUUAACGGUUUGGGGAAUGGAAGCUGAACUUCCUUUUGGUUCUCCCCAAAAACGGCCUUCCUUUUUUGAACCCAUUUUUAAGAAACUCGAAAAAAAAAUUGGAAAAUUGAAAAAAAAGUAUUUUAUAUUUCUAAAAGUUUUAAAAGAAAGAACAAAAUUUCUAAAUAUCUCAAAAAAAACAAAAAAAUGGAUUAUCAAGGGCAUUCCGUUUUUAAAAAAAAUAAAAAAAGAACUCUCAAAAGUAAAUCCAAUUCUAUUAUUUAGAUUGAGAGAAAUAUAUAAAUCAAGCGAAACUAAAAAAAAAAAAGAAAAAGAUUCUAUAACCCGCAAUCAUAUAAUUCAUAAAUCCUUUAGUCGAAUUCAAUCUACAUAUUGGACAAAUUUUUUACUGACAGAAAAAAAAAUGAAAGAUCUGACUGAUAGAACAAGCACAAUCAGAAAUCAAAUAAAAAGAAUUACAAAAAAUAAAAAAAAAGUGACUCCAGAAAUAAAUGAUAGUCCUAAUAAAACAAGUUAUAAUGCUAAAAGAUUGGAAUCACCAAAUUGGCAAAUAUUAAAAAGAAGAAAUACUCGAUUAAUCCGUAAAUUACAUUAUUUUAUAAAAUUUUUCACUGAAAGGAUAUACGCAGAUAUCCUUCUAUCUAUUAUUAAUAUUCCCAGAAUUAAUAUACAACUUUUUGUUGAAUCAACAAAAAAAAUGAUUGAUAAAUCCAUUUACAAUAAUAAAAAAAAUAAAAAAAGAAUUAAUAAAACAAAUCAAAAUAAAAUGAAUUUUAUUUCGACUAUAAAAAAGUCACUUUAUAAUAUUAGUAAUAAGAAUUCACAGAAUUUUUUUGACUUAUCCUCCUUGUCACAAGCAUAUGUAUUUUACAAAAUAUCACAAACACAAGUUCUUAACUUGUAUAAGUUAAGAUCUAUUCUUCAAUAUCACGGAACGUCUUUUUUUCUUAAGACUUCAAUAAAAGAUUAUUUUGGAAAACAAGGAAUAAUUCAUUAUGAAUUAAGACAUAAGAAACUUCGGAAUUCUGGAAUAAAUCAAUGGAAAAACUGGUUAAGAGGUCAUUAUCAAUACCAUUUAUCUCAGAUUAGAUGGUCUAGAUUAAUAGCAGCAAAAUGGAAAAAUAGAAUCAAUAAAUGUCGUACAAUUCAAAAUCAAGAUUUAAACAAAGAGAAUUCAUAUGAAAAAGACCUAUUAAUUCAUUACAAAAAACAAAACGAUUACGAAGUAUAUUCAUUACCAAAUCAAAAUGAGAAUUUUCAAAAAUACUAUAGAUAUAAUCUUUUAUCUUAUAGAUCUAUUAAUUAUGAAAAUAAGAGGGACCCAUAUAUUUAUGGAUCACCAUUCCAAGUAAAUAAGAAUCGAGAGAGUUUUUAUAAUUACAACACACAUAAACAUAAGGGCAAAUUUUUUGAUAUACUAGGGGAUAUCCCUAUCAAAAAUUAUUUAGGAAAAAGUGAUAUUAUGUAUAUGGAAAAAAAUCCGGAUCGAAAAUAUUUUGAUUGGAAAAUUCUCCAUUUUUGUUUUAAAAAGAAAAUUGAUAUUGAGGCCUGGAUCAAGAUCGAUACCCACCAGAAUAAAAAUACUAAAACCGGGACUAAUAAUUUUCAAAUAAUUGAUAAAAUUGAUAAAAAAGAUUUUUUUUUUUUUUCGAUUCCUCAGGAUCAAGAAAUCAAUUCCCCCCAUCAAAAAAAAAUAUUUUUUGAUUGGAUGGGAAUGAAUGAAGAAAUACUAAGUUGUCCUAUAUUGAAUUUGAAACUUUGGUUUUUCCCCGAAUUUGUACUACUUUAUAAUGCAUAUAAAAUGAAACCGUGGUUUAUACCAAGCAAAUUACUUUUUUUUAAUAUAAAUGAAAAUGGUAGUGAAAAUAAAAACAUCAAUAGAAAGCAAAAGGGGGUUAUACCCUCGAAUGAAAAAAAAAAAAUGGAAUUAAAGAAUAAAAAUAAAAAAGAAAAAGAAUCUGCAGGCCAAAGAGAUCUUAGAUCAAAUGCACAAAACCAAGUAAAUCUUGUAUCUGUUCCCUCAACCGAACAAAAAGAUAUUGAAGAAGAUUAUUCAGAAUCAAACAUGAAAAACCGUAAAAAGAAAAAACAAUACAAGAGCAAUACCGAAGCAGAACUAGAUUUCUUCCUGAAAAAGUAUUUACUUUUUCAAUUGAGAUGGGAUAAUGCUUUGAAUCAAAGAAUGAUCAAUAAUAUCAAAGUAUAUUGUCUCCUGCUUAGACUGAGAAAUCCAAGAAAAAUUACUAUAUCCUCUAUUCAAAGGAGAGAAAUGAAUCUGGAUAUAAUGCUGAUUCAGAAGAAUUUAACUCUUACAGAAUUGAUGAAAAGGGGGAUAUUAAUUAUCGAACCCCUUCGUCUGUCUGUAAAAAAUGAUGGACAGUUUAUUAUGUAUCAAACCAUAGGUAUUUCAUUAGUUCAUACGAGUAGGCAUCAAACUAAUCAAAGAUACCGAGAACAAAGAUAUGUUGAUAAGAAGGAUAAGGAUUUUGAUGAAUCCAUUUCAAGGCAUCAUCAAAGGAUAACCGGAAAUAGAAAAAAAAAUCAUUAUGAUUUGCUUGUUCCUGAAAAUAUUUUAUCGUCUAGAUGUCGUAGAGAAUUGAGAAUUCUAAUUUGUUUCAAUUCAAAGACUAAGCAUGAUGUGAAUAGAAAUCCAAUAUUUUGCAAUGGGAACAAGGUCAAAAAUUGGAGUCGAUUUUUUGAUGAAAAUAAAGAUCUUGAUAGAGAUAAAUUAAUUAAAUUCAAAUUUUUUCUUUGGCCCAAUUAUCGAUUAGAAGAUUUAGCUUGUAUGAAUCGCUAUUGGUUUGAUACCAAUAAUGGCAGUCGUUUCAGCAUGUUAAGGAUACAUAUGUACCCACGAUUGAAAAUUCGUUGA